CCAGUAGGUAGCAGUAAUAUCACAAGCGGUUGUUCUUAACGAAGAUAAGAAUACAAUAGUGCGCAUGCGCCAAAGCAAUACUGUAAAACAAACCCGAGCUGAUAGAUACGGGAUUUAGAAAUACCAAAUAUCUAAGUUUGAUAUUUUUCAUAUGCAAAUAUAUGCAUAUAUAUAAAUGUAUAUAUAGAUAGAUAGAUAUAUCCAAAUCUAGGAUUUGUCUCAUUGAGGUUUCAGACGGUGUCCUUCAUUGUACCUUAGGCGACAUGCGGCUCAGUGUUCGAGCGCUAAUAUCACACGGGCGCGUGGCGCGGCGGAUGGGCCUCGGUCCUGAGUCCAGAAUAAACAUGCUGAGGAACAUCCUUACAGGUUUGGUUCGGCACGAGAGGAUCGAGACUACACGAGCCCGAGCAGACGAGGUUCGAUUUUACGCCGAAAAGUUAAUUGACUAUGCCAAAAAAGGAGAUACCAACAAAAAGUCAAUGGAAAUGGCAGAUUUUUGGCUUACGGAGAAAGAUCUGAUUCCUAAGCUUUUCAAAGUACUUGCUCCAAGGUUUGAAAACCAGUCCGGUGGAUAUACACUGAUGGCCCGUAUUCCAAACAGGGAAAACCUGGAUCGUGCUGCCAUGGCUGUUCUUGAGUAUCAGGGCAACCCAUUUCCCCCAUUGUUCCCUGUUAAACAGACACAUGAACUAAACCUUGUUAAUCAGCUUCUAAAAGGGUACAGACAAGAGAAAGCCAAACUGAUAACUGACAAUAGGGCCUCGUAGAUGAUUCAUUUAUCAUAUUACACUGUGUGGUCUAUCACCGAUGUAAGUGGUGGUGUUUUUUUUUUUUGUGUGUGGCAGAGACAUAUUUUGAGACUGGCCAAUAGAGUUACAGCCUUUUUUUUCUGUUGUACAAAGGUUUGCUUAUAUCAUGCCUUUAUUUAUUUGUCAUCAUUCAAACUUUCUAGUAAUUAAUAAAAUUAUAUGAUAAUCUUUA